UAUUAUCCACGGACUCAAAUAGUCACGUACUGCUUUACAGCGCUUAUUCCUGUUCUCUGCCUGAAGUAGGGAGAAGUGGUUGCUUCCGAAAAUUGUGAAAGAGGAUCAUUUCAACAAACAAUGGAUACUGAAGAGAAGACCUAUGGAGGUUGUGAAGGGCCAGAUGCUAUGUAUGUGAAGCUGAUCUCCUCAGAUGGCCAUGAAUUUAUUGUGAAGAGAGAACAUGCAUUGACCUCCGGCACAAUCAAAGCCAUGUUGAGUGGCCCUGGUCAAUUUGCUGAGAAUGAAACCAAUGAAGUAAACUUCAGGGAGAUCCCUUCUCAUGUCCUUUCCAAAGUGUGCAUGUACUUCACCUACAAAGUUCGCUACACCAACAGCUCAACAGAAAUCCCAGAAUUCCCCAUUGCACCAGAGAUAGCGCUGGAACUUCUGAUGGCUGCGAACUUCUUAGAUUGUUAAAUGAACAUCAAAAAGCUAACUAUUUAAAGUUGUUUUUGUAACUUUUUGUGUUUCUUGUUUUGUUUAACUUGUUUGCCAUAUACUUGAGGUACAGGUAUAAAAAUCUGCAGUUUAACAUUGGUUUUUGCACAAGACAACCUAUUCAGUUACUAGAUUUAAUCUUGUAGUAAGCAAGAAUUCAAUUUUAAUAUAAUAAACUGAUAUGUCUGUCAAAGAGGUAUUGAUUGUUAUAAACUGGUAAAUAUUUUGUUAUAAAGUCUAAAACAUUCUUACAUUUCAUAUCAGACCGGUAACAGAUUUCAGAUUCAGGUAACUUUAUUGUCCAUCACAUGACAUAAAAAUACAUGGGUGGUUUCUUGACCAAUGUAAUGGUUAAACACAUUUUAGGCCGAGGUACUGCUUAUGUUCUACCACAGUGGUUCUCAAACUCGGUCCUGGGUGACCCCUAUGUAUGCUGGUUUUCAUUCCAACCUCAACAGCAAUCCCAGAAUUUUAACAAGCUGUUCAUUUUUCUUAAUUAGGUGCUUUUCAUGUUUUAGAGCGGAUGGGUAGGACCUACUGUGUUAUAAUUGAGACAUUGAUUGACAAGAAACCCUCAAAAAAGUAACCAAAUGACUGGACAAUUUAUAUACGCAAGUUAUGGGCAUGGUAAAUUCUUAUGGAUUUGGUUUGCAUACAGCAAUAUUGCAAUUAUUUAAGAAGUUAAAUGAUUUUGAUGUUUUCAUCAAAUUGAAUUGGAUGAAAUAGUGAUUGGAUAUGUACAUUUAGUAUGAUGACAGAUAAAGAGUAAUGGUUUGUAAAUGGCACGUUUCUAAUUUGUAACGCCUUGACAACAUGCUUCAGGUCUUUGACAGAAAGUUUUGUUUCAUGCUGAAUUGACAGGCUCAAACAAAAUUAGCAGACCAUGUGUCUAGUUUCCUAUUCUAGUUUUGGAUUGAGUUAACACCAAGUGCUUUGUUGGGCCUUACAUCUCAACUAAUAAUUUAACAAAUCUUUGAUACAAAUUGCAGUUAAUGUCUUACAUCUGACAUUAUAUCAUAUGAUUAGCAAUGAAGAGAAUGUAUAUCAUAUUUUUAGGAGAUGAAUAAUUCUAACAUUGAAACUGAGCAGUAAAUUGGAAGCAUUUGCAUUUGCUUUUAUGGGAUUAACCUUUGAAAUGGAAUAAAUUGAAUUUUACACCAUUUUUAUAUAAGGGAGUAAUAAAAGAGUAAUAUGUUUGAUGCCAUAAAGCACUUAUACAAUUGUAAUGCUAAUAUCUUAAGCCUCUUACAUGGUUGCUGAUAUACUUGUAAAGUACCCACUCUGUUUUAAAACUUAAUCCCACAUAUUUAUACCUGUAAACUUUAUCUAGGUUAGAAGCAUGUACUUUCACACUAUAAUUGCCAUGAUCUACACUUAGUACCACAUCAACUGUAUUUCACAUGAUAUCAACAACUGAACAAAAUGUCAAUUCAAAGGUGAUAUGAAACUGUAUGUGCAUGACUAGCCUUGAUGAAACAGCAUAACUCAUGCAAGCAAAACGGUUAAACAGGUUUUAGCUCAAAAGGAAAGAGUGGGCAAGCAGCCAACAUUUCUUAGAAAACCCAGUCCAUUACCUUUUUAGGCCAUUGCUAGAUGGAUUUUUCCAUCCAGUUAUGCCGGUCAGCUCAGCAUGAAUAUGUGCCCCUGCAAUUGAUAAAAACACUGAGAAAUAUGACGUUUCUACGAUUCCAUUCCUAAAUAAAUUCAGUGAAGGAA